AUGGCGGUCUUAUUCCUCCUUCUUCUGUCCCUAUGUGGUCCCCCCCAGGCUGCUGCAGACAAUAUCCAGGCCAUCUAUGUAGUCUUUGGGGAGGCAAUGGAGCUGCCAUGUCCCGCACCACCCACUCUGAGUGGAGACGAACUCCUGUCCUGGUUCCGCAGCCCUGCAGCAGGCUCCUCCACUGCCCUGGUGACCCAAGUCCAAGUGGCCAGGCCAGUCCCAGAACCUGGAAGGUCCAUAAGGGCAUCCAGGCUCAAACUGCUGGGGAACUACUCUUUGUGGCUGGAAGGGUCCAAGGAGGGAGACGCCGGGCGGUACUGGUGCGCCAUUCUGGGUCAGCAUCACAAGUACCAGAACUGGAGGGUGUAUGAUGUCUCCGUGCUCAGAGGGUCCCAGCUAUCCGCGCGGGCUGUGGAUGGAUCCCCCUGCUCUGUCCUCUUAUGCUCUGUGGCCCCUGCCAGACACCUAGACUCUGUGACCUGGCUGGAGGGAAGGGGUCCUGUGAGGGGCCAUACACAGUCGUUUUGGAGCGAUGGGGCUGCCCUGCUCUUGGUGUGUCCUGGGGAGGGGCUCUCUGAGUCCAGGGAACAUAGACCAAGAAUCAUCCGCUGCCUCAUGCCUCAUAACAAAGGGGUCAGCUUCAGCCUGGCAGCCCCCGUGGAUGACUCCCCUGCCCCCUGUGCCCCUGCCGUGGGCUGGGAUGUAUCCUGGAUCCUGAUGCUGUUGCUCACAGCAGGUCAGGGGUUCACCAUCCUAGCCCUCAGCAUCAUGCUCUGGAGACAAAGGGUCCAGGGGGCUCAGUGCAGAGAUGCCUCGAUUCCUCAUUUCAAACCCGAAAUCCAGGUCUAUGAGAACAUCCAUGUGGCCCGUUUCAGAUCCAUCAAAGCACCUGCCUUGCCCAAGACCUGGAGCUGA